AAUCACCGAAAUGACCAGCUAGGGCUUCUGUUGCGCUUUCUAAAGGGGUCAGGACAUCGCGGGCAGGUGACCGGCCAGCUGCGGGAACCCUGCUUGGGACUUGCUAAUAGCGGGUCUUUGGGUCAUAGAAUACCGAAACUACCAGGAUUCUGCGAAAUUAUCUUUCGCAACCGCUCUCUAGAGCUGUGGGGAAAUCGAGGUCCAAGAAGCGGUAGGGGUUGCCUAAGGUAAUCCAGUGAGUUAGUCGCAGCCCGGCGACUAGAAUCCAUAUCUCCCUGAGCUCCAGUGGCUUUUUCCUUUUCACCACACUGCCUCCUGCAGAAAACUUGACAGUUACCAUGUCCACGCAGAGACUUCGGAACGAGGACUACCGUGACUACAGCUCCACCGACGUGAGCCCAGAGGAGAGUCCGUCCGAAGGCCUGAACAACUUCUCUUCCCCGGGAUCCUACCAGCGGUUCGGGGAAAGCAACAGCACAACAUGGUUCCAGACCCUGAUCCACCUAUUAAAAAGUAACAUUGGCACAGGACUCCUGGGGCUGCCUCUGGCUGUGAAAAAUGCAGGCAUUUUGAUGGGUCCCCUCAGCCUGCUGGUGAUGGGCCUCGUGGCUGUGCACUGCAUGGGUAUCCUGGUGAAGUGCGCUCACCACUUCUGCCACAGACUGAACAAGCCCUUUGUGGACUAUGGGGAUACGGUGAUGUACGGCCUGGAAGCCAGCCCCAUCUCCUGGCUCCGGAACAACGCCCACUGGGGAAGGCACACUGUGGACUUCUUCCUAAUCGUCACGCAGCUGGGAUUCUGCUGUGUCUAUUUUGUCUUUCUGGCUGACAACUUCAAACAGGUGAUAGAAGCAGCCAAUGGUACCACCACCAACUGCCACAACAACGAGACGGUGAUCCUGACGCCCACCAUGGACUCAAGACUCUACAUGCUCGCCUUCCUGCCCUUCCUGGUGCUUCUGGUGUUCGUUAGAAACCUCCGAGCCCUGUCCAUCUUCUCCCUGUUGGCCAACAUCACCAUGGUGGUCAGCCUGGUUAUGAUCUACCAGUUCAUUGUUCAGGAUAUCCCAGACCCCAGAUUCCUCCCCUUGGUGGCAUCCUGGCGGACCUACCCUCUGUUCUUUGGCACGGCCAUUUUUGCAUUUGAAGGCAUCGGGAUGGUUCUGCCCCUUGAAAACAAAAUGAAGGAUCCCCGGAAGUUUUCGCUCAUCCUCUAUGUGGGAAUGGCUAUCAUCACUGUCCUCUACAUAAGCCUGGGGAGUCUGGGGUACCUGCAAUUUGGAGCUAACAUCCAAGGGAGCAUAACCCUCAACCUGCCCAACUGUUGGCUGUACCAGUCAGUUAAGCUGCUGUAUUCCAUCGGCAUUUUCUUCACCUACGCCCUCCAGUUCUACGUCCCGGCUGAGAUCAUCAUCCCCUUCUUCGUGGCCCGUGCGCCUGAGCAUUGCGAGCUGGUGAUAGACCUAUCUGUGCGCACCAUGCUGGUCUGCCUGACGUGCGUCUUGGCCAUCCUCAUCCCCCGCCUGGACCUGGUCAUCUCUCUGGUGGGCUCCGUGAGCAGCAGUGCCCUGGCCCUCAUCAUCCCGCCCCUCCUGGAGAUUGCCACCUACUACUCAGAGGGCAUGAGCCCCGUCACCAUCGUCAAGGACGCCCUGAUCAGCCUCCUGGGCUUUGUGGGCUUUGUGGUGGGGACGUGUGUGACCCUCUACGAGCUGAUCCAGCCCAGCAGCGCUCCCAUCUUCGUCAACUCCACCAGUGCCUUUGUAUAGCGGGCUGGGUGCGUUCCCUGCACCGGCCCACUCUGCCCUGUAUGUUCCCCCGCACCUGGCCCCAGAGCCUCAGGUAGGGUCCAGGCUCUGGGGAAAGGCAAGGUUGCCAUCCAUGUACCCUUACCUGGCACCUGGGUUCCCUGAGCCAGGUAGGGAUGAGGGCAGGGUAGAGGGUGGGCAGCAGAUAUGUGGGAGGUACCUCUCGGGGCAGUGCCAUCUCUGUUCAUUUGUACUUAUUUUAACCCAGAACUUUUCAACUCUUUUCCCUGAUCACGCCUCCUCUCUUACUGCCUGCCCUUCUCCUUCUGACCCACUUCAUCCAAAUUAUUCCUGUUGCACAGCUCACUUUAUUUAAAAAUUUUAGUGUCUCUCACCUCAUGUUUUCUCCUCGCCCGGGCCAGGCCUAGAUGAAGUCAGUGGGAGUGCCCUUCUUUAUGCCUUUGCCGGGCCCAUCUCUUAUCUCUCUCCCAAAUAUUUUACCUCAAUAUUCUCCUACCUGUUCAAGUCUCCACCUCGUAGUGGAGCCUACCUAGUAGUUUAAAACGAGCAGCCCAAAGCUGGAGUUUUUAGCCUUCACUGUCUCUGGUGUGCUGUCAUCCUCGGCGACACCUCCUCUUCUCCAGUUUCCUCGUGUGGAUCACGAUACUGUUAUUAUCUUAGUUGCUUGAACUCCUGGAAGGUAUCAAGUGCUGCCAAAAUUCAAAAUAUUUAUAUUUUAUUUAAAAUCAGCCUUUGUUUUUAGACUCCGUCUCUGGAUCUGGGACUAUUGUGAAUCGUUCCUUCUUCAGUAAACUCUUAUUCAGCUUCUCCCGCUGAGAAGAAGCUUAGUGCAGGAGAUGUCUGCUUAGACCCUCAGCACCCUUGGCCAAGGACCCCAGAGAUUUUCAUCAGGAUCAUCAGAGUGUGGACCUUUGUGGGACACCAUGGACUUUGCCUCCUGUUGACCAGCCAGAUUUCCUACUGAGAAGACAUGAAGGACUCAGGAGGUGUUUGCCGGUGCACAAGGCCAAGGGGAAGGAUGGCCACGUGGGGUGUGUUUCUCUCCAUAGGAGGCUUAGAAAAUGGCUGCUUUGUGCAUUCAGGCCUGUUUCCCAGCUUCAGCCCCUGACAGACAAGCAGCACGGCAGCAUCCAGGAAGACACCCAGACUCUUGCCAUGGACAAGAA